AUGGGAGAUGAAUUUCUAGUUGGAAAAGGAAACGAUAGAAGUCACCCUGAGUCGUAUUGUGUUUCUGUCUCUUUCUUUUUGUCUCUCUUUUUGUUUCUUGCUCAAUCUCAUUCAUCUGAAUUCAGAUGAAGUUGAAAUUUCAUUUCAUCACUUUUAUUAUCGCAACAAUCAUCUUACCAAUAAAGUUACAGGUAAUACUUUUUAUCAGCUUCCCAUUGGUUCACAUGGAUUGUUUUCUGUUUGAUUAUCACUUUGAUCAUCACCAUCAUCAUCUUGAUUAUCUCUUUGUUGUUAAUCAUCUUAAUCUUAACCACAAAACCAAUCAAUUAUUCAAUUUUUCCAAAGCUUAAUUGUUGUUAAAUUACUCACAACACUAAAUCAUCGUCACCAUUGGAUAAUAAUAAUAUCAUAAUAUCAUAAUAAUUAAAUUCUAAUAAUAGUAAUUGUAAUUUCAAUUUUUCUCUCUUGUUGUUUCUUUUUUUUUCUGGUGUUGAUUGUGCCAAUUGUCCUGCGAGUAAAUUAAUUGAUUAAUCGUAAUUGUGACCAGUGAUUUAAAUAUGUUGACAAAUUAUUAUUAUUAUUUAAAGUGAAUUAAUUUGUUACAUUUGUUUACAUUUACACAAUUGGAUUUGUUUAUAUUGACAAGUUUUACCAUCAUCUUUAAAUGGGAGUUAAUUGUUGCUCACUUAAAUCAUGGACAACGAUAACAGUCAUCUAUUCAAUUGAUCAACGUUUAUAUCAUGAAAUGACUGGAUCCAGAUUGAAAUGAAGUUUAUAUUCACUUUAUAUCUGAUCUAUCUUAUUCUGGACGCAAUUGAUAAUAAUUCAGUUUCCGGGAAUUACAUUGGCAUUGUUGGUAAAAGUGUAUCAAUCGGAUGUAAUACAAGCCUAUGGGGUGAAAAUGCUAUUUCCUUGAUUCUCUGGUAUAAAGGCGCCAAAAAUGUACCAAUUUAUUCAAUCGAUUCUAGGACAACAUCUUUAGCCAAUUCUAAGCACAUCCAAUCAGGAUCUCGAUAUAAAUUAAAUGUAUCAACUCUUCCUCCUCAAUUGAUUAUCGAUCCAAUAAUGGAAUCAGAUGAAGGUGAAUAUCGAUGUCGAGUUGAUUAUAAGAAUGAACGAACUCAACGUUAUGCUACUUUUCUUGAAAUUAUGGUUCCACCUAAGAAUAUGAUAAUUAUGGAUCAAGAUGGUCAAGUUCUUGAUGGAUUAGCUGGACCUUUUAAUGAAGGAACUUCACUGGCCUUAACCUGCCAAACAAUGGGUGGACGUCCAACUCCAAUUCUUUCAUGGUGGUCAAAUGGUCAUCUAGUUGAUAAUAGUUAUAACCAUGGUGCCCUUGGUAUUAUAAGAAAUACCCUGAAAAUAUCAUCUCUCAAUAGAAGUGACCUGUUAACAAAUUUAGAGUGUAGAGCUUCAAAUGAUAAUCAAACCGUCCUGUUAACUAAAUCAAUUACAUUAGAUUUAAAUUUGAAACCUUUGGAUAUUAGAUUAACUAAAUUAACUAGACCACUUUCAUCGGGAAAUAAAGCUGAACUUGAGUGCCUUACCUAUGGGUCUAAACCUGAUGCCCAGUUAACUUGGUGGAAGGGCAGUAAAAGGUUAACCAAUGCUCGAGAAAAAAUGUCAACAGAUACAAAUGUAACAAUUAGUAAAUUGUCGUUCAUUGCUACAACAGAGGAUAAUGGUAGAUACAUUUCAUGUCGAGCUGAAAACUCAGCAUUCAAUUCAUCACCAAUUGAAGAUGGUUUUAAUCUACUAGUAAAUUAUUUACCACAAUUAACUAUCAACUUAGGUGCCAAUAUUAAGAGAGACUCAAUUCGUGAGGAUAAUGAUGUUUUCCUUGAGUGUUCAGUUAAAUCAAAUCCACCGGUCAGUGAAAUACUCUGGACAUUUGAAGGUGAACCUUUAAGGAGUAAUAUUAGCCAAGGGAUUAUCGCUUCGAAUCAUUCAUUGGUCAUCCAAAGGGUUAAACGAAUACACCGUGGAUAUUAUCGUUGUAUCGCUCGUAACACCGAAGGUCAAUCUACAAGUGAUCCUUUUUUCCUUCGAGUCAAAUAUUCACCGAUAUGCAAACUGAAUCAGAAAUUUACUUAUGCGACCGCUCGUAAUGAGUUAACUACAGUUACUUGUGAAAUGGAUGCUGAUCCAAUGGAUUUACAAUUUAAAUGGAAACUCAAUACAACCUCGAUUUCUCAUGUUAUCGACAAUUUUUCAUCCAAUGGUUCAAUGAGCACUUUACCUUAUAUUGCAAAGAAUCGUCACAGUUAUGGAUUGUUACUUUGUUCAGCAGAAAAUGAGAUUGGACCAGUUAGAGAACCAUGUAUGUUUCAACUCAUUCCAGCAGGUCCUCCUGAUAAAGUCUCUAAUUGUAUAAGUAAUCAUUCAAUGUCAACAUUAUUCAUUGAAUGUUUACCUGGAGAUGAUAACGGUUUAACUCAGAGUUUCCAUGUUGAAGUUUUCUAUGGAUUCUCUCGUAAUCUUGAACGUAAUCUGACCAAUUCAAAGAAACCGGCCUUCCUAUUAACUGACCUUAUUCCUGGAUCAACUUAUACACUUUCCAUAUACUCUUCCAAUGGUAAAGGUCGAUCUCAUGUUUAUCGUUUAGUAGCAACAACUCUUGGAGAACCAGAGAAACAAAUGAGCCAAGAGAGUAUGGACCAAGUUACAUUCAGUCCAAUUUUCGUUAUAUUAAUAGGAUUUGUGGCCAUAUUGGUCAUCAUAUCGAUUAUAAUAAUACUAUUCUUACGAAAACGAUCAGAUCGAUCUGAUUCAAUUAACGGACAAGUUGAAACUCAUGUGAUAUCGGAUCAUUCCAAUACGCUCAAUAGUAUUGUAACUCAGCCAUUAAAUGGACCAAAAACUCGUAAAUUAAAGGAUGUUCAAAGUGCCUACGACAUUGAAUUUGAUAAAUUGAUGCUUUAAGGUCAACGAUUGGAAUUGAAAGAUUGGAUGUCUUAUUUUAAUUAACAUUAACAGCGAAACAAGAGCAUAAUGAACAAACUGAUUAUGUUAGUGGACAUCAUUGGACUGACCACUAAUUGAUUAACUCUCAUUUACAAUAACAUCAAAUGGAUUGAGAAUCACUUAUAUGUACUCAAAGCCUGAUUGACAUUUGAUUUCUUCUGGGUAAAUGCUUGGAUCACAUGGAAAUACUGCCAAAUAAUAAAGAGAACCGAUGAAGAUUAAGAUUAAUUUGCAAAGUCGUGGAAAUUGUCAUAGGCAAUCAAAAAGAUCGAUUGAACUUCGUAAGGACUUCGAUGAAACGGGAAAAUUGUCUUCCAAAAAAAAACGAUCAGAGGCUAAGGAAAAAUCCAUCGAUACGAACCAACUAUUGAUUAUUCUGACAACGAACUAAAACUAAUUUGCCAUUGAACAUAAUCAUCUUCUCGAUUUCAUUGAAUUCAUAACGAUGGUGGUUCGUUAGCUAUACUCGUUCAAGCAAUUGAAUCAGAUUCCAAUCGCAACUAUUACAAAAAAAAGAACUUUUUUUCCAAUUUCUUUAAUAUUUGUAACGUCCGUUAAUCCAUAAGUCACUGUCAAUAUUUCUAGUGAUUUGGAUUAACAAUUUUGUGCCGAAAUUAUAAAAGCAAAAAUUAUAUUCUAAGAGAAAAAAACUUAUAUACAAAAUUGGAUAAUAAAUUUGUUUUUAAAGAAAAAUAUAUUCAUUAAUAUUUAACUUGAA